GUGCUCUACCCACGUGAUAACAUCAACAUCCCGACCAUGCGCUAUUUGUUCACACUGGUAUUGACUUGGUUUGUUACCCUCGGCUUCCUAUUUCCUCACGGUCAUGCGGAUCUCAUUGUGAAUGCUGCAGCUCAGUACCGCUUGCGUUACGCAAUCACCGAAAAUCAACCGGAAGAUCUACGCAUCGGCAAACUGGACGACGAUCUGAUCCAAACACCCGAAGUUCGCUCGGCUGAACUGUUCAGCCUAUUUCACUCGUCCACUCACGGGGCAUUGCGAUACAAAUUGCGUGACCCAUCGAAUCAUUUCAAUUUGGAUGAACGAACAAGCAUUUUGUCCACGAAACAAUCCAUUGAUCUGGAAAGUCUAUGCCCGCGGUAUUGUAGAGAUGGCGCCACUAGAGCGCAACUCACACAAAUGGUCAAUAUUUUGUACGAACAACGUUUAGUAGCGCUUGUUCACGUGGAAGUUACCGUAAUUGACGUGGAUGACAAUCCACCUCGAUUUCCAGCCACAAUUCCACGACCUUAUGUGCUUCAACUGAAGGAAGUGAUCUAUCGCGUCGGACAACAGGUCGAAUUACCCCGCGCAGUCGACGCGGACGUACAGCCCGAUCAUGCGGAGAUCGCCUAUCGAUUGGAAUCAUUUCCUGACGAUCGGACCAACGCGCUCGAAGUGUUCCAUCUGGUCGCUCGAAAUGAUUCCCGUCUAAUGCUUGUGCUUCAAAGGGAUCUGGACUAUGAGGAUGUCAAGUCUUAUCAUUUCUACCUGAUCGCAUGGUCACCACGUUUGGGUGAUCGAAGUCGUAAACCGUUUCAAAGUGGACAACCAACCGAGUUCCAGGACAAACUGGAAAUUCUGGUCAAUGUGUUGAAUAUCAAUGAUAUAUCGCCGGUAUUUUCACAAUCUUUGUACACUGUACAACUGUCAGAGGAUACGAAGAUUGGAUCAAUGAUUUACAAGUUCGAAGCCACAGAUGGGGACGAGAACUCAACCAUUCGUUACACCAUGGAAGAGAUCUCAGAUCCGGAUAUUCAAACCCUAUUCAAACUGGAAUCAGACGGUGAGGUGCGCUUGUUGAACAGUUUGGACUACGAGAAACGCACCAAAUAUGCAUUCUCCGUGCGCGCCAGCGAUGGUGAGUUUUUCGCGCUCACUCGGCUCGAACUCACUGUUACGGAUGUGAACGACGAGCGGCCGGAGUUCGUCUCCAAUCCGACCACGUUGACUGUGCAAGAGAAUGAACCGCCAGAAACGUAUGUUGGCCAAUUGUUCAUCACGGACCGCGACAGUCCGGAAGUCAAUGGUCACGUAAGUUGUCAAGAGCCGGAACACCUGGCCGGCAAACAACCCUUGUUGUUUCAUUUGCAAAUGGCCGACCUCGUUCUGACUGGGGGAGGAACGUUGCCCUUGGGUUCCCCGGCUAUCGGUCCGGAACAUCGAGUCUAUCAGCGCUUUGACUUGUACAGUCGUCAUUCGUUUGAUCGGGAAACGGAUCCGCAUGUGCAUCAAAGCCUGUUGGUUUGUUCAGAUGGUCAAUCAUCUGACUCGUUCCCAUAUGAUCAAGCCAAAGAUGUCGAACGGCCUCGGUUAACGGGUACUUUAACGAUCUUGCUGACCGUCGCAGAUCAGAAUGACAACGUGCCCGUGUUCGAGCGUCAAUAUUAUGAGGCAGAAUUGAAAGAAAACUCGCCCAGAGGAACCCGUGUAGUGCAGGUACACGCAAAUGAUGCGGACAGUGAGCCACACGCGAAACCACGCUAUCGCCUACUUCACAAUGAGCUAUUCACCUCGCAUUUCGAAGUGGAAUCAGAGACCGGUUGGAUUGUCACGUAUGCGGACAUUGACCGAGAAGCGCAAUCCAUCUACCAGCUAACCGUUCUGGCGGUUGAUGGCUGGCAAAACGAUACUGAUCCGAGUCGGACAACGGUUUCCAGAUCCCGAAGCUCAGCAGCACGCACACAGCACACAGCCUCAACCCGGGUACAAAUCCGUGUACUGGAUGAGAACGACAACGCUCCGGAAUUUCGCGGUCCAAGACAGUUUGCUGUGGAAGAGAAUCAACCACCAAACACUUGGAUUGGCGACCUACAAGUCAUGGAUCGAGAUGAGGGCAAGAAUAAAGAAGUUGAAUUUAUGCUCCUGUCUCGCCCUCAGACUGGAGAAAAAUCCGGGCUGGAGUCUAAGAAAUCUGAAUCCAAUACCACUAUGCUAAGCCAAGGUAAAAUCCCAUUGCGCUUAGGUACCAAUGGAAGCCUGUACACGACCGCAAAACUGGACCGAGAAAAUCAGGUGUGUGGAAACAGAGACUUACGAAAUUUUGUAUCUUUUUUGUGCGAUAAAACAAUAUCGUGA